AUGGAUACUUCAUCAGAGGCAGACGAGGAAGACGUACGACGAGCUUCUGGACGCAACGGAGGUGUGGACAGAAUGACUGCACGUCAGAGGUCCAAGCACGAUUCCUCCUAUACUGAAGACCUGAUGGUGCUUCCAGAAGAUCACAGCAAGAAAAUGGUCUUGACGGAGCAGGAGAAAAUCCGGCGGAAAGAAGAGACCGCUCGUCGGCGGAAGCUGCAAGCGGACCAACGCCAGGAGAAUGAUAAACGAGAGGCUAUCGACCGACUAUUAAAGGCACAGACGGGCAAAGGACGCUCCACGAAAGAGCUCGGUUUAGCAAGAGAUGCGGCGAGCUCAAUCGUCGCCCGUCCGGCAGCGGGGAAUGGUCGUGGCCUUGCAAUACGUUUCCACUCUACGCUUCGAGACGGUCUACCCUUAGUGAGAUUAGGAUUUCCGGGACCCCGCUUUGUAUCGCGGUCCCUCGAAGCGCCAACUCGAGCUAGGCAUACCCCUCUGAAACAAUGCCAUGCGCCCGGCUGUCUGCAGGUUGCUAAAUAUAGGAGUGUCCGUCAGACAGAGCUAGGAGGGUGUUCAGCCCAUCAUUUACGACUGAUCGAAUCGAAAUUAUAG